AGGACACUGAACGUAACCGGUUUACGUGCGCCGUCAUCAGCUCGCGACACCUCCGCUGGCGGCUGCAUCGUUGUAGGAUGAGCCAACAUUUGUAAGUAAAUAGUGUGAGCUAAACUCGCUCGCCAGAGGUUGGUGUAGUGUAUUUGCGACAUUAAAUACCGUGUAUAGUUUGGGUGAAAGUGACAAUUGUCCACAAAACGUGAAACGAGAGCAAUUUUAGGUGGAAAGUUGAGGUUUUGUUUGGAGCGGAGGCUGCAGUCCCGAGUGAGGCAAGCAGCUGUGGCGUGUUGUCAGAAAGUUUGGGGGCAUCUUUACACCGCUAGACACAAGACUUUGACGCAAACCAUCUCACCGUGCUGCUUUUCAAGAUGAAUGAAGAAGAGCUGGUGGAGUACUUCAGGACCCAGAUGAGGAAAGACCCGGACAUGGCCUCUGCUGUGGCUGCCAUCCGCACCCUGCGUGAAUUCCUCAAGAGAGACAAAGGAGAGACCAUCCUGGGGCUGAGGGAGAGCCUGACGUGGGCCACAGACUGCCUGACAGGAGUGGACUCCUCUGUGGCUGUGUCCUCUGGAGGAGAGCUCUUCCUGCGCUUCAUCAGCCUCACAUCUCUGGAGCACCAGGACCUGUCCCGCUGUAAGAAAGUGAUGGAAGAAAGAGGGGAACUGUUUCUGGAGAAGAUCUCAAUGUCCAGGGCUAAGGUGGCCAAGCUCUGCCACACCUUCAUCAAAGACGGGGCCAAAAUCCUGACUCACUCUUACUCCAGAGUCGUCCUCAGGGUGCUGGAAAAAGCUGCAGCAGAGAAGAAACGCUUCUCUGUGUAUGUCACUGAAUCCCAGCCUGAUGCAGCUGGUCGACAGAUGGCAGAAGCCCUGGGGAAACUCAAUGUUCCAGUAACAGUAGUCCUGGAUGCAGCUGUGGGGUACGUCCUAGAGAAAGUAGACCUCGUUAUUGUCGGUGCAGAGGGAGUUGUGGAGAGUGGAGGUAUCAUCAACAAGAUCGGUACUUAUCAGAUGGCAUUGUGCUCUAAGGCUCACAACAAGCCCUUCUACGUCGUGGCAGAGAGUUUCAAGUUUGUCCGACUCUAUCCGCUCAACCAACAGGAUGUGCCAGAUAAAUUUAAGUACAAGGCAGACACCCUGAAGACCGUACAGAACCUGUCAGACGAGCAUCCUAUGAUUGAUUACACGCCUCCCUCCCUCAUCACCCUCCUCUUCACCGACCUCGGAGUCCUCACCCCGUCUGCCGUCAGCGAUGAACUCAUCAAACUUUAUUUAUAACUGCAUCCCACAAUCCUCAAAUAAAAAAAAAAACAUCACUUAAAAAGGGAAGCGAGCCCAUGACUGCAUGUUGAAUACUUCCAACAAAUGUUCAAGGUAUCACUUUACUCUGUAGAAAACUGUAUUACAAUACGGUUUAUUGACUCUGUGUGUUACAGUGAUGCAUUUGAAGAGAUACUUUCCCAGGUGUGUGUUCGGUUUAACCAGGCAGGAGGGUGUGUCACUGUCCCCAAGCAUACAAAACAGAAUAAAGCUGUUGUAUCAUA